GAGCAGAGAGAGAGGUGAUGUUUCCCGAAGCUCCGAUAGGCAUUGGAAAAAACUACUUAAUUCAUCGUUCAGAUCUACUUUAUCUUAUUUUAUUUACCUAACAGUAUAUAGUUUGUUUCCGUCGUCCUCAAUCGCUCGAUUCAACAAUACAUUUUGGCACUUUUUACUCCCGGAUCAGACCGCAGAAAAAGCCUUGGACUUUCCUAUCGCCAACAUGCCUCUGUAUUCGGAUAUCUCAGGCACGGAGACUGGGAAAUGCACAGACUGCGCCAAACUGAAACAGACAUUGGCUUUAAUUGAAACGAGACUAGCAGCAGUAGAAAAAUGCAAAGGACUAUCACAGGAUACAGUGCUGAUGGGUGAGUUUGCUGAGCUCACUCAGAUACAGCAAGAUGAUCAAAGCUACACUGUAUCCUUCCCGAAGCUGGACAAGAGAGAGACAGUUCCAGCUGCGUCUCACUGGCACAGAGUCGGCGCUAAGCCAAAGCAACAUACCAAAGUGAAUCAACAAGUUCACUCAACACCAAAUGCUAAGCUACCCAAAGCUAAAGUUACAUGUAUCAGCCGGAUUAGCCCGUCACUCAAAUCAACCCUGCCACUGAAGAACCGGUUCCUGCCACUUCAAGAGUCCACGAACGCGCCUGCCACCCAUGCACCCCUGAGCCCCGAGAUGCGUCCGGACGGACAGUGCGGACAGAGACGGAACAACCAGUCGCCACGGAGGCGGGCUGCGCAUGUGUCUGCCACCGUCCAACAAGGGCCCAUCUCAGAGAAAGCAGAUGAACCAGACACUCUGAUUAUAGGAGACUCAACUAUCAAGGAUAUAACCGGUAAGAAGAUCAAAACAUGCAUCUUCCCAUAUGGAAUGGUUAGUGAUAUCAACCAUAAACUAGCCAAAAUCAUAUUGGAAAACCCCAAAAUCUCACAGAUUAUUGUGCAUGCAGGAUUUAAUGAUAUUCAAAGAGAACAGUCAGAACUUCUGAAGAGGGAUUACACUGAUCUAUUGGAUACACUGGACAAAAUACACAUCAAGUCUUCUAUCAGUGGACCCAUACCAACAGUUGACAGGGGAAUAAACAGAUUCAGUCGUCUACUUGCACUGAAUACAUGGCUUUCCAGAGUCUGCAAUGAAAGAGGAAGGGACUUUAUUGACAAUUUCAACUUAUUCUGGGGGCGCAAAUAUCUUUUCCGAGCAGAUGGCCUACACCCAAACAGGUUAGGCUCAAAACUGUUGAGGGACAAUCUUCUCUUCUCGCUUUACGCACAGGCCACAAUCUUGCCAUGGUCUGACGCACAGGCCACAAUCAGAGCACAGGUUGAGAAGAAGCAAGACUACAGCCUCCCCCACACAACUACUCUGCCACUAUCUGACACACAGAUAACAGACAGCCCACAGACCUUGAAGAGAGACAACAGCCCGCCCGACGCCAUCAACACUGUGCCCUCCCCCAUCGCUGAUGCUGGCUUGGCGAGGAACGGCCACCCCCCUCCUCUGCAUUCCCCCAUCGACGAUGACCUCCAGCCUCAUCUCUCCCAUAGCCACAACAACAACUCCAGCUCCGAUGUCUCCCUUUGCGAUUUUCCAGCCGAAUUUAAGAAACUGGAACAUGCUGGCAUCAAACUUGCAUCUGUGUCAAUGAUAGCAUCGCCACGUCAUGGCCGCAGGCUGCUAACACUGCUAACACCCAGGAGGAUGGCGCCUCACCCCCGCCCCCGUUUUGGAGGGAAAACAGGAUAUGCGCAAUAA